AUGCCUUCCAAGUAUCAGCCCGUCUCCAAUGAGGAUGUCGAGUUAGAGUCGCAUUUGGAUGCACCUUUGCUUGAUCUGGAUCCCCUUGAAGAUGACGUAGACAAUGGCAAUAAUACCUUUCACCCUCGCUCUGAGCCAGUCCCCAGUUAUCAGUCCUCGCGAUGGGUUGUUCGAUCGCCCAAGCAGAUUGUUAUUUUGGUUUCCUUUAUCAAGUUUGCGGUCGUUUUGAGCGGCAUGUUGCUAAUGUUGCCCACGGCACGUCUGAUUGAAGACAUGUUUUGCCAUAUACAUUACAAUGAUACAUCGACGGAUAUCAUCGAUGAGAUGAAAUGCAAGGUUGAUGAGGUGCAGUCUCAAUUGGGGUAUUUGUAUGGCUGGAACGGACUCGUUACUUCGCUCAUUGGUCUUAUUGUAGCUUUUCCUUAUGGGACUAUGUCUGAUAAAAUUGGUCGCAAACCAACAAUCAUGUUUGCUUGGGUCGGUAUCGCUGUUUGCUUCCUCUUUGCUCCUUUCAGCAUCAAGGCCUUCCAGGGCUCUCUCCGGGACAGGCCCUACAUUUUAGUACUGGGAGGCUUUUUUCAAGUCUUUGGCGGUGGUGUCCCAGUGUUGAUGUCUACACUCUACUCGAUUGCCGCUGAUGUCAGCACCGAAGAAAACAAAGCGAAGCACUUUUUGUGGUCUGCUUUUGGUGCCACGGCGGGAGGUAUCAGUGGUCCUGCCAUUGCUGGUAUUCUGAUGAACAAGUACGGCCCUUGGCUUCCCAUAUAUCUCGUCUUGUUCACAGUUCCCAUUAUCAUGGGCAUCCUUGUUCUCCUUCCCGAAACCUUGACUGUUAAUGUCAAGAAACAGCAAGCCCAAAAUGGCAAAAGGGCACCUAAUACUCUAAAGGAGCAUUUAUCAAAUGGCGCCAAAGAUCUCAAGCACUCGCUCAACAUGCUCAAGAACGUGAGCGUCGCUAUGAUUCUUAUCACAUUCUUUAUACAAAAUGCGCGCUACACGGCUUACACGACGACCAUGAGUCAGUACAUCAGCAAACACUUUAAAUGGAAAAUGGCCGAUGUAAGCCUGAUCCUCUCUCCUUUAGGUAUCCUCGAUCUGGUCAUUCUAGCUGGUCUGCCAAAAGUUGGAGAUAGGCUCAUGUCGCCUCGAUUUCGCAUGACAGCAUUCGGCAAAGACUUGUUCUUAACGCGCAUCUCAACUGUGAUGCUUGUCCUCGGAGCAUUCUGGCAAGGAUUGAGCCACAGCGUAGUCAUGUUCUUCUUUGGUCUCUUUAUCGAGACCUUUGGCGCUGCCACGGGUCCGCUUGCCCGCGCAACAGUUACACACUACGUGCAGCCUGAGUACACGGCUCGAUUGUACGCUUUGAUAGGCAUGAUUGAAGUAGUGGGCUCGUUUAUCGCCGGACCAGUGUUGGCUUGGUGUUUUGAUCAAGGGCUGAAGCUAAAGGGAAUCUGGAUCGGACUGCCAUGGUUUUACAUAUCAUUCCUAUGCUCUAUCGCAUUGGUAGCUCUGUACUUUGUUGAACCGCCCAAGAAGCGUCCAAGGGAAGAAGAAGUGGUCGAUAAUGAGGGAUACGAGACGGAUGAUUAUAUGCCUGAUGAUCCCCUGAGGCUUCGAUGA